AUGGGGCUGGCGGCGGCUCCCGCCUCUCUGGCGCGGGUGAGGUUCGCGCCCAGCCCCACAGGCUUCCUACACUUGGGGGGCUUGCGGACAGCUUUGUACAACUACGUCUUUGCCAAAAAGCACGGAGGCCGCUUCAUCCUGCGACUGGAGGACACUGACCAGAGCCGGGUGGUGCCUGGAGCAGCCACCGGGAUCGAGGACAUGCUGGAGUGGGCAGGCAUCCCUCCAGACGAGAGCCCUCGCCAGGGCGGCCCUGCCGGACCCUAUCAACAAUCUCAGAGGCUCAAUCUGUACAGGGAAGCCACCGAACAGCUUCUCAAAAAGGGGGCCGCUUACCACUGCUUCUGCACCCCCCAGCGGCUGGAGCUGCUGAAGAAGGCAGCGCUGCGGAGCCAACAAACGCCCCGGUAUGACAACAGGUGCCGCCACCUGAGUCCCAAGCAGGUGGCUGAGAAGGUGUCCCAAGGGGCUGACUCCGUGGUGCGGUUUCGCUUGGAGGAGGGAUCGGAGCCCUUCUGUGACCUGGUUUAUGGCUGGAGCAGGCACGAGGUGGCCAGCGUGGAGGGCGACCCGGUGAUCCUGAAGAGCGACGGCUUCCCCACAUACCACCUGGCCAACGUGGUGGAUGACCACCUCAUGGGGAUCAGCCACGUGCUGCGUGGAGCCGAGUGGCUGGUCUCCACCUCCAAGCACCUCCUCCUCUACCGGGCCUUUGGCUGGGACCCGCCACGCUUCGGCCACCUCCCCUUGCUCCUGAACGCGGACGGCAGCAAGCUGUCCAAGAGGCAGGGCCACGUCUUCGUGGAGCAGUUUGCUCAGGAGGGCUAUCUGCCGGCAGCUCUGCUGGACGCCAUCACCCACUGUGGCUCUGGGUUUGGAGAGAACCGGAUGGGAAGGACCCUGGGAGAGCUGGUGUCCGAGUUUGACGUGGGCAGGAUCGAGAAGCACUCCGCCCUGCUGGAUCUGGAGAAGCUGAGCGAGUUGAACAGAAUCCACCUGGCCAAGCAGAUUGGGGACGAGAGGCGGAGGCCCAAUCUGGUGGCAGAGGUGCAGGCGAAUGUGGAGCGGGUCUACGGGGAGCAGCUGAUGGACAGAGGAGUUCUCGAGACGGCGUACGUGGAACAGGUGCUCUUGCUGAGAAGGGGUCACAUCAGCCGUCUCCAGGAUCUGGCGUUACCCAAGUACGCUUUCCUAUGGAUCCGCCCCAUGGUGGCUUGCGAGGAGCUGCGAGCCAUUUCGCCCCAGGCAGAUGAGAUCGGCCGGCUGGUCCUUGGGUUGCUGGAUCGACCGGCGGCCGCCCUGACCAUCGAGGAGCUGAACAGAGACUUGCGCCGGCUGCCAGAGCAGGUCACGGGCACCCAGUACAGCGGCAUGAUGCAACUCCUCCGUGUGGCCCUCAGUGGCCAACAGCAAGGGCCCAGCGUCGCCGAAAUGAUGGUCGUCUUGGGACGCGAAGAAGUCCAGACACGGAUACAAAGGGCCUUGUGCAGCUGA